GGAUACUUCACCGGAGGAGAUAUGAAGGUUAUAUGAAGUAAAUAAUUAUAUGUAUUAUAAAUGUGAAAAAAAAUAGCCUGAGAAAAGGCAGUAAGUGUCUCUCUGGCUCAAAAGUAAGAAAUCCUCCAACUACCACAGGGCAUUGCGCUCGCUGCAUCGCCCGCCUGUUUCCGUUUGGAGGGGGAAGGACCCAUGGUCCUAGCGCGAGUGUUGGCGCAAGUUUUGUGUAAACAAAUCCCUGUGAUACGUUGACUAGUUUCGACCUCUGCUCUCGUUUUGUCAAACGCAAUAAUGCCCAGUGGUUGUUUGGUACCCGGUUGCACCGAAAAGUCUGGGAUGGGACAGAGAGUAAGUUUUCACGUUUUUCCAGUGAAAGACGAUCAGCGUUGCCAACUAUGGCUGCAGGCGAUAAACAACCCCACAAUUGGAGAAGACGCCGGUAUGGAAAUUCUAAAAGGAAAAACGAUAUGCAGUCUCCAUUUCAAACUGGAGGAUUAUGAUGCAAAUCUUUUCAGAAUGAUGAGGCACGCUCUCUGUGGUGUUCCCAACACAGAUGUUAUACAGUAGUUGUAUCAGUUUGCAGGUUUCCCAAUGUGAUUGGUUGGCAUUAGGUGGCUUGCUCCUAUUGGUUGUGGAAAAGUCAUUUUUAGCUCCUUUAAACUACUAUGGGAAGUUUAUCCCUAAUCUAUCUACUCUGAUUCAGCCAAUGACAGCAUUGUUGCAUAAAGAUGCAACCUGGGAAUGGUCAGAGAAAUGUCAAAGUGCAUUUGAAAGUGCAAAGACGUCUCUUCAGUCAGAUAAAUUGUUAGUACAUUUUGAUUCAGAUUUACAAAUCAUACUAGCAUGUGAUGCUUCACCUUAUGGGGUAGGGGCUGUAAUCAGCCAAAAAAUGAAAGAUGGAAGCGAGAGACCUAUUGCAUUUGCAUCGAGAAUGCUAACGAAAACAGAACAGAAUUACUGUCAACUGGAAAAAGAGGGACUGGGUCUUGUAUUUGGAGUUAUGAAAUUCCAUGAUUAUUUUUAUGGACGGAAAUUCCUGUUAUUGACAGACCACAAGCCGCUGUUGAAAAUUUUGGGGGCUAAGACAGGUGUGCCAACCCUGGCCACUGCUAGAUUACAAAGAUGGGCUCUAAUUUUGGCAGCGUAUACAUACAAAAUCCAAUGCAAGAAGUCAGAGCAGCAUAGCAAUGCUGAUGCUUAUCAAGAUUACCUGUGAAGCCUGAGGUAGAUGUGGUGUCAAACCCAAUUUACAGAGUGUCUUACUUGGAAGAAUUACCUCUUACUGCUAGAGAAUUAGCCAAAGAAACAGACAGAGAUCCUGUGUUAAGAGUGGUUAAACAGUUGGUGUUAACUGGAUGGCCUAAACAUGUACAGGAUGAGUCACUGAAGCCUUACUUUCAGAGAAAAUUAGAGCUUAGCAUUGAGGAUGAUUGUUUAUUAUGGGGUUACCGUGUGGUAGUGCCUGAUAAACUGAGAGACAGGUUAUUGUCUGAAUUACAUGAGCACCACUGGGGAAUAGUUAAAAUGAAAUCCCUCGCCAGAAGUCUAUUCUGGUGGCCUACAUUAGAUGACAGUAUUGAACGUGAAGUGAAUCAGUGUACUAUUUGUCAGCAGCAGCGUAGUAUGCCUGCUACAGCACCAGUCCAUACAUGGAAAUGGUGUUCGAGUCCAUGGAAAAGGGUACAUCUUGAUUUUGCUGAGGACCACAAACAGAUGUUUUUAGUAGCGAUGGGUGCCUAUGCUAGAUGGCCAGAGAUAGUUGCCAUGAACACUACUACAUCAUCUAAGACGAUUGAAGCACUGAGGAAUUUAUUCGCAGCUUAUGGGUUGUCUAAAGAGGUUUUAACUGGUAACGAACCUCAGUUCGUAUCACAAGAGUUUGAGUCAUUUUUGACUAUCAAUGGAGUAAAACACAUCAAAUCACCUGCUUACCAUCCUGCAAGUAAUGGUUUAGCUGAAAGAUUGGUUCAGAAUCUUAAGAAAUCCCUUGCAAAGAAUAGAGCCAUUGGUGGUAUGACACUUGAGCACUGUGUAGCGAACUUUCUGAUUGGGUACAGAAACACACCCCAUACUAAGACAGAGAAAACGCCAGCUGAGCUCUUUCUGAGAAGACAGGUGCGAACCAGGUUGUCACUUAUCAAACCAGAGUUCUCUCAGAGAAUGCAGACUGAGUCUGAACCAGAUCUUCCCCGUUUUAGGUUUUUCAAGGUUGGUCAACAAGUGUUGGUAAAGAACUACAGGGGAGGGGAGAAAUGGUUGAAUGGAGUUGUACGUGAAGUGUUGGUUCCUGUCACAUACAGUGUUGAGGUUAAGGGAAAGUGUUUGAAAAGUCAUGUGAACCAGAUUUUGGGUGUCAAGGGAAAUCCAAAUCAUUCGACUCAAAUGGACUCUUGUGAUUCUUACAACAUUGAUGAUUUCAAUGUGGACACUGAUUCGUCAGAUCGACGACCUUUGGAACCACCCCCGCCAGUGGUGGAACGGAAUACUCGUCCUGUGAGAGACAGAAGUCCUCCUGAUAGACUGAACUUGUGAAUCAAAUGCAGAUUGUUUGAAAAAAAAAAAUGGAAUCUGUAAUGUAUAAUGUAAAAAAAAAAAAGAAGAAGUUUGAAUUUACAGGGGAGGACCUGUGGUGUUCCCAACACAGAAUGUUAUACAGUAGUUGUAUCAGUUUGCAGGUUUCCCAAUGUGAUUGGUUGGCAUUAGGUGGCGGGCUCCUAUUGGUUGUUCAUAUAGGUAUAUUAGGCAGAAUCGCCACAAGAGGGUUCUCUUGGUACUCUGCUCGACCUAGAUAACACGCGCUGGUUGUUACCGUGGAUUUCAAAUAAAAGAUUGGAUUCAGUCAUCAGUCUGCCGUGUGCCCGUCAACUUCUUCUUAAACAGUUUUAGAACUAUAUAGUGACUGAAACACAACACUCUCAAACCAACUGCUGUUCCGUCCGUCUUCGCUGCCCGUUCCCAGAUGACGAACAGGUCGGGACUUCUAAUGCACCUCCCGCAGCAAAACACACUCGCCUACAGUAAGACUAUCAUAAUAUUCGACUAUAUUUCUGUUAACAAAGUACACAAUAAUAGCUGCUAUCGGGGGAAAUUGCUGAAAUUGGUCAAAAACAACGUAAAGCAGCUUUGUUUAUCGCUGUUAUAAUCGUUUGUUCUCCAGGCAAACAGAACAUGUUUUUAAACGACAUAUCAUUUUCAGUGAGUGAUAUAAUCUAAUGUUAUACUAGUAAUAACUGUUUUCUUUAUGGUGAUAUUUCAGAAUCCGAUUGUUUCAGCUGCUGGCAUAGUGGGAUCAGAAAAUCAAUUCCAGGGCCAGUCUACUUCUCAAGCCACACUCUCAAGCAGAGAGAUAAGCUACAAAUUGUUUGUAUGUACAGUAUAUAAUAGUGUAUGUGUUGUGGAAGCAAAUGCAUAUUGAGCAGUUUUCAGACUGAGAGUGGCAGAUGCCAAUAGACUCUACAAGCUGAUCAGGAAGGCCAGUGACGUUGUGCGGGACGAGCUGGACACUUUGACAGAAGUGUCUGACAGGAGGAUGCUGUCGAAGUUGCAGCCGAUCCUGCAGUAUGGCUCUCACCCUCUCCACAACGCUCUGGUCAAAUAGAGGAGCUCCUUCAACAUCGUCCCCCGACAGACCUGGGACCCUUGGUUCAUGCUUUAGCAAUGUGGGUGAAGCAGAGGAAAGUUUUCAGCCCAAUACAUGUGUCACCCCCACGUCAACGUCAUCAUCAGAAGAGAAAAGCAUAAAUGACUGGCAUGGAAAGAAGAUCAUUGUGAAUGAGCUCUGCUUGAUGUCUCUUCUCAAAUUUUGCCAGAUGUGCGGCAAGCCUGUGUCAUCAAAAACUGUCUUUGACUCUUGGGC